GGUUGGUGUGGUCCAUAAGUUUAAAAAAAGAUCUGUUCUGGCUCAUAUUUAUCAAGAAAUGAUUGUGUUAUAGACGCGGCAGUUAAUAAUGUGAGCUUCGAAAGCUUCUUAAGCAUAUUUUGCUGAUAAUAAGAAAAAUGCGGAACCUAAUGACAAGUUGUAAAGAUCAACCUGCAUCAAAACUAAAGUGAAGGACUACAGCAUCUGAUUUGAACCGGUUAUCCUGUAAUUUUUUGGGCCAACAAGCAAAAUACUUUUCAUGCUGUAUGGGCAACAAAAUGAAGUAGUUUCUUUUACUUUGCCACCACAAGCGCUUUGUAUCAGCUGGCUUGCUGGCUAACACCAUCAGACAAACCUACAGGGGAGAUGUUUCAGCUUCCAGUGAACAACCUUUCUCGGCUAAGAAAAGCCAGGAAAAGGGUCAAGAGGCUAUUAAGUGACAUUGGCUUAGACUAUUGCAAGGAGCAUGUAAAGGAUUUCAAAGAGUUUGGUCCUGAUGAGUUCAGUAUAAAACAUCUUUACCUUGAUGUAUGUAUGUGGGAUCCGUCCUGGACGAAAUCCCAGGAUUACAGAACAAAGCAGUUUUGCUGCUCCGAUUGCCCAUUUGCUUCUAAGUACUUCUCAGCCUACAAGAAUCACUUUCGCAAUGUUCACAGAGAAGACUUUGAAAACCGUAUCCUGCUCAACUGUUCCUAUUGCAUGUACAGUGGAAACAAGUGGACACUGGAAACUCAUGUCAGGCUUUUUCACAUGCCUCAUAACCUAGUGCGACAAGGCAUAGCUAGUUCUCACCAAGCUGUGGUGGGUGGUCGAGACCUACAAAUACACAAGUCUAUGUUCCCUGACAAAAAUGAACGACCAGUGUAUUACUGCAAAAAAUGUAACUACAGAGACAGACUUUACAAUGUAGUGCGCAGGCACAUUUACAGGGAACACUUUCAACAUGUGGCUGCUCCUUAUGUAACGAAGAGCUCCGAGAAGCAGGAAAACAAUAAGAUGGCCCAGGUCAGCAGUCAUGGUCUUCACUGUAAAAGUUGCUUUUUUGUUUCUCGUUCAUAUGAGACUCUGGUUCAACAUGUCAUUGAGAUCCAUGAACGCACUGGCCAUCAAGUCACUGCCAUGAUUGGCCACACCAGCGUUACAGUGGCCCAUUCACAAACCAACCUGAUUCAGAGAGGGACAACAGUUCCCCCUGGUGUAUCACAUCACUUGGUACAACCAGUGAACUGCAUUAACAUGCCAAAAGUAAUGGGGUUGCUUGUGGGUAAGCAACUUAAACACACUGGUAAAUCGGGUCAACCAUUAAGCAUUAUGCUACCUGAAAAAACUUUGUCUUGCACAGUCUCUCAGUCACAUGCAGGAAAACGCUUAGGUAGCUUAGGGUUCACAUCACGUCGUAAUGCCUCUUUCUCCCCCACAAUAAAGUCUUUACCUUUGUCAUCAGUCCAUGUUGGUACUGCCACAUUGACAUCAUUGCAGGCCAAAAAGGCCUCAGCUAAUAUACUAAACACCUCACAAACACAGAAUUGGAAGAUUUGCAUUAUCUGCAAUAAACUCUUCCCUGAGAGUGUGUAUAGCACUCACUUUGAAAAGGAACACCAGGCAAAAAAGGUGCAAGCUAUGGCUAAGUACAUAAUGAAAAUUCACAGUUUUACAAGUAAGUGUCUGUAUUGUAAUAUUUAUCUUUUGAGUGACUCUCUGUUAAACCACAUUCUUGUACAUGGUCUGGCAUGUCCACAGUGCCAUUCUACAUUUUAUGAGGUGGAGAAAAUAAUAGCGCACAAGCAGCAAGCACACCUAAAUGAGCCAGAAGAUCAUCCCACAGGCUCCCUGCUAAUAUUUGACCUCACAUUUCAGCAUGGCAAUCCUAAGAAUGUACAGCUCAUUGUUACCACCUACAGCAAGAAGGAAGCACCUGAGUUAUCCUUUACAACUGUUCAACCACCGAACAGUGCUAUAGCCAGGUCUACAAUGCUGGCAAAUAAGGGACAAGAUAAAUUCAAUGAACCACUGAUGAGGAUUGCAUCUCAGAGACCCCAGAAGAAGGAAGCUGGCAAAACCCUCUGUCCAUUGUGCUUCACUAUUCUUAAGGGUCCCAUUUCUGAUGCAUUUGCACACCAUCUCCAAAAUCAGCACCAGGUGCUUCAGACACUUCACCCUGUGGAGAAAAAGUUGACUUACAGGUGCAUCCAUUGUUUGGGUGUAUACACAAGUAACAUGACUGCUUCCAUGAUCAAGCUUCAUCUGGUGCACUGUCGAGGGGCUGGACAGACUUCAGAGAUUCAUUGCAGUAAGUUCAUUUCAACUCUUAAACGGGACAUAGCGGCCUCAGAUACAUCUUAUCAAAAAAAGAGGAAGCUGAUGAACCAAGGUAGGUACAAUCCCACAAUAUUUGUGGACAAGCUGGAAAAACCUAUUGUUCUUGCCUUGGACCCCAAAGGUCAUGCAGAUGAGUCUUAUAAUGCACGGAAGUCUUUCCUCACUUCCUAUUUCAACAUUCAGCCCUAUCCAUGUCAACAAGAGGUCGAAAAACUUGCUACAAGCCUAUGGCUUUGGAAGUCAGAUGUAUCAAAUCACUUUGCUAACAACAGACAGUUAUGCAAAGAGGAUUUUGCUACUCGUAAACCAGUAGUGUUACUUGGCUUUAACAUGAAAGCAGUAAACCAGCUAAAGCAUAAUAUAAGCUUUGACUCUAAAUGGGUGUUUACAGUCAGUGACAUGAAGAAAAGUGAAAAAGCAAGAACUUCAAAAAUAAGGCUAAAGAGUUAUGGUUUUUCAGCUGAAGAGGGCAGUGAUACACAAAUCAAAUGUGCCUGUAAGCCACUCCUGGGGUCGUCUUUAGAUUCCUUGACUUUUGAGUCGUAUGGUGAAUUGGAGCAAGCAGCUACAUUUUGUUCUUCAGUUGUUCAGGCCCGGAUAAAAGGGACUGUGCUGAAAGACAAUUUGAUACGUAAAAGAGAUGAAAAGAUGAGUAGUAAUUGUACCAAAGGAGAUGCGAUGUGUUUUGAUGGUUCUGUGUAUAGUUCCAGUCCUGAAGAAACAACAUGGUCAGGUGAAAUGCCCCCUGACAAGAACACUUAUAGUUCAGCUGGCCGGUUUGAAGAGAAGGAGAAGGAGGUUGGGUUACUGGGUAGGUGAUGCUCACCUUGACGGCAAAAACCCGUCCACCAGGGUUAAACCCAAAUGAGAUAAUACAGAAAACUUCUGGGACGAGUAAAAGAUCACUUAAACUGUUUAUUGGUAAUGUUUCUGCUUGAAACAAGCGUAUUUACAAUACAAAGAAAUAUUUAAUAUUUCUGUACACAUAGUUUUCUUAGUAAUUUUAGGCUGAUGUGCUUACACAGUGGAUGGAUUUGUAAUAAAGCUUUUUUAAUUACAUAAUAAAUGCAAUAAUUUAUAUGACUAUUUUAAUUUAACUGUGCCAAUCAUGCAUUUGACAGGUGUUUGCAAACCAGCUUAAAAACAUGCACACACAAAGCUCUUGAUCAUUUUGCCAAUGUGGCGCAACCCAACAUCACUGAGUAGGUGAAAUUCAAAUAAAAACAGAAAGCAGUUGAAUUUCUGGUACUGAUAUGUCAUUGAAAACAGCACAAAAUUGCUAUUUUAUGUUUUAACUUUUAGUCUUCAUUUAUUUUCAUGUUUUACUAUUCUGGUCAGUUCACAAUAGGUACAGUUUCCCAGGAAACACUUGCCGCAAUGCAGUAACACACCCACAGGACGGCAAUCCAUUGCGGGGCCUUGACUGUCCCAAUGUAAGACUUAGGUGUUUGUAAAAUGAUCAAAGCAAGUAAAUAAGUAAUAUCAUGGGAAUAAA